AUGUCGUCCGGAGCACUAUUUCCGAGCCUGGUCAGCGGCUCUAGAGGAAGCUCCAGCAAGUAUCUGGUGGAGUUUCGUGCUGGAAAAAUGACCCUGAAGGGGAACACCGUCACACCUGACAAACGCAAGGGCACCGUGUACAUCCAGCAGUCGGACGACUCCCUGAUCCAUUUCUGCUGGAAGGACCGGACCUCCGGGAACGUAGACGAUGACCUGAUAAUCUUCCCUGAUGACUGUGAAUUCAAGAGAGUGAGCCAGUGCACCACGGGACGUGUGUACGUGUUAAAGUUCAAGGCUGGAUCUAAGAGGCUGUUCUUCUGGAUGCAGGAGCCGAAAACCGACAAGGAUGAGGAACACUGUCGGAAAGUCAACGAGUUCCUGAACAACCCCCCCAUUCCGGGGGCGCCUGGCAGCGGCAGUGGCAGCGGCCACGAGCUGUCUGCUCUGGGGGGAGAGGGGGGCCUCCAAAACCUGCUGGGAACCAUGAGCCACAACCAGCUCAUGCAGCUGAUCGGACCAACGGGGCUGGGAGGGCUGGGAGCUCUGGCGGGACCAGGACUUGCCAACUUGCUGGGCAGUGGAGGUCCAGCCACCAGCAGCUCUUCAUCCAGCUCUCGUAGCCAGUCCACUGCAGCCACCCCCUCAUCCGCUGGGGCCCCCAGGCUGAGUGCCACUCAGGCCCCCAGCACCCCUGCAACUCCUGCUGCUGUGGUUCCCGCCUCCACGGGGGCGGCCCCCUCCACACCAGCAGCCUCGGCUCAGACGCCGACGGCCCCCACCUCCGUCGGCAGCCCCACCUCCCACCAGCCCAUCCAGCUCAGUGACCUCCAGAAUAUUCUGGCCACCAUGAACGUCCCGGCGACGGCAGGUGGUCAGGGAGCAGCAGUGGACCUGGCCAGCGUCUGCACCCCUGAGAUGAUGGCCCCCAUCCUGAGCAACGCUGAGAUCCAGCAGAGGCUCCUCCCCUUCCUGCCCAGCGGAGAGAGCCUGCCGCAGAGCGCUGAUGAGAUCCAGAACACACUCACCUCCCCUCAGUUCCAGCAGUCCAUGAGCAUGUUCAGCAGUGCCCUGGCCUCGGGGCAGCUCGGGCCGCUCAUGAGCCAGUUCGGUCUGCCGGCAGAGGCCGUGGAGGCCGCCAACAAAGGAGAUGUGGAGGCCUUUGCUCGAGCCAUGCAGGGCAGCAAGGGGGACUCCAAGGAGAAGAAGGAGGACGAUGAGGACAUGAGUCUGGACUGA